AUGGAACGCAACUGUGCUGCGAGUAUUUGUGAACUGGCGCUGAAUAUCGCUGACACACUGUUGCGAAUACCGUUUGACCAAACGGAAAUUUUCUUCUCCGAGUUGACGACGAUGAUAUUCAGGAUUUAUCUCGCUCUUGGUUGUCCUUAUGGUUGUAAUGAGGGAGUGAAAAGUCAGCAAGGAAAUUUCCUGCGCAUCAAGGCAAAGAAUAUUCUGGCUCAACUUGAAAAGUUACAACAGGAUCGAUUCCGUUCAAUUUUCGUCACAUAUGUUGAGGAGAACAAUCCGCAACAAGUGCUAGAUCUCAUACAUUCGAUCACUGCAUUUUGUCGUUCAGAAUUCCCUCGUAACUUUUCAAACUGCCCUUUCGCAGAAGAGACUCGACGACAUCCCGAAGGUAAAGCUCCAUCUUACCGUAAUCGAUUCAACGAACGAGAAAAAGGCAUUGAAGGACGGAUAAUCAACGCGACCUUACGCAAUCUCACGACGAAAUUGGCGCUUAUCCACGAUCAACUCAUUCAACCGGAGAACAUGUUAUACAGUCUUACGAUCCUGAAGAAGUGUUCACCAGACAUAUUUAUUAAUAGCCUGCAAUACCACAUAAAUCUCCCAUCAGAGAAGCCCUAUGGUAUGCGAUCUGACUCCAUAGGUCACAAAUCUACUCAUUCUGAAAUGCUCUCAGCCCGUUGUUCCUUCGUCAUGCUGAAAUGUUCACAGAGUCUUCUCGGUGAUGUGCGUAUGCUGGUUAAUUUCGUUCAAGAGCAACAUGGGAAUCCAUAUCGACGAGUGGCACUUAGUGCCUUACUAGACGCAGUUGAUAAAAUGACGAAGCUAGAGAGUGGAAUAUUUAGCAGUGAGAUAGCAAGAAAGGAUGAGAGUGAAAAGAGCAGCCCAGGAGGUCUGGCACCGCCAACACGUGGAGAUCAGGCAUCGCUACGCAGAGGAUUGUUCAAGCGAAAAGAGAAGCUAUCACACGAUUCGAUCCUAAGAAGCGGAGCAGAGGAUUCCGACUUGGAUUCGUCUCCAUCAACGCCGCGAACCGUCUCAUCAAUCGAUGACGGUCUUUUUCCCUUGAUGUCAGCGACGAUCCUCAAGAAGAAAAGCGCUCCUAAACUUCACUUUGCAUUUAAUUUGCUGAAGUCGACAAAAACUGAAAACAUGGAUGAAGAAUGUUCUGAUUCGGAAACUGCAGAGGAAUUAACACAGGGCAAUAUUCGGUUGUACGGACUAUUAGUUCCAGCGGCCAAGUUGGUAGAUGGCAAAGGAAUAUUCGAAGGUGCUCGCCGAUUCGCCUUUCUUCUGGAGACCACCAGACCGGGCACGUUUCCAGAUCCACCUCUCAUCGCUGCUCUCCUACACUUGGCUAGCACUCCAUCUGCCACUCGUCGAAUGCAUUCUUUACAGCGGACCGCUGGCCGGUAUUUCUAUCAGUGGGCUAUACAGAUUUCUGAGCAACUAUCGCGAUUUAUUGAGACUGCGGAAGUCAAGGAGAAAGCUCAGCUGAAAAUGGAAGAUACGAUGGAGGACUUUUUUGAUGAGGCUAUUGUCAACGAUGAUUCUGGCGAGCGAUGUCCACCAGCAUUGCAGUUGAUUGCCACACUUCUUCUCUACGAGAUCACAUCGUUUCUUAGAGAGACGUUCAAGACGAUUCCUAGAGCAAAGAGCAAUAAGGUGGAUUUCAUAUUAGCACAAGUGAAUGAGCGCGAACGGCGCAUUAGCUUAUCUACAGCUGAAGAAGAUUCACCAAGAGGUUCAAGGGAUAUUGCAGAUGACGUAGUGUUCGAUAAGAAAGGUCGAAGAAUCGCUGCGGGCAGACAGCGCCUUCUUAAACGAGGUUCACCGAUAGGGCAGCAACCGUCAUUAGAAUCCAGUCAUAAACGGAGAUCACUGAGAAUUCGGAAACAGUCCAAAGCUGCACAUGCAGAUGACAUUGAUGAUCGAGUCGAUGGUGAGUUUGAUCGUCGCCUGACUCUAGCAUUCUCUCCCUAG